AUGGCAUUGUAUUAUGAAUCAUCAUCAUCAUCAUCGAAUGAGAGUGAAGAAGAAUUUAUCUUAAAUAUAUUGAUACGUUUACCAAAACCAAGAGUGUUUCGAAAUAGAUCUGAUCCACUGACUUAUUUUGAUGAUGUAGAAUUCAGUCGUAGAUUCCGUCUUUCCAAAGUCAUGUUUGGUGAAUUGAUGCAUUUGAUUGGGGAAAAUAUUCAACAUGACACAAGAAGAAAUCAUGCUAUUCCAUCUUCAAUGCAAAUAUUAAUUACAUUGCGAUUUCUUGCUACUGGAACAUUCCAAGCAGUUAUUGGCGAUUUGGUAAACAUUCAUAAAUCAUCAGUAUGUCGUAUUAUAAAACGAGUGUGUAAUGAAAUUGCUCAACUCCGAAGAAAAUUUAUUAAAAUGCCAUCAACCCUUGAAGAAAUACAACAAACAAAAUUUGGGUUUUAUAAAAUGCACAAAUUUCCUCAAGUUAUUGGAGUUAUAGAUUGUACCCACAUCAGAAUUCAGUCUCCUUGCCAAGAUAUUGGUGAACAAUUUCGCAAUAGAAAGGGUUACUUUAGUUUUAAUGUACAAGCCGUAUGUAAUAGUAAUCUAGAAAUAACCGAUAUUGUUGCAAGAUGGCCUGGAUCAGUGCACGAUAGCACUAUUUUCGAUAAUAGUUCUGUUCGUGCCAAAUUAGAAAAUAAUGAGUUUGGAGAUUGUUAUAUUCUUGGAGAUGGAGGUUACCCAUGUAGAAGAUAUUUAAUGACACCUCUUUUAAAUCCUCUAACUGCAUCAGAAAAAAAAUACCAAAAAUCUCAAAUAGGUACAAGAAAUAUAAUUGAAAGAGUUUUUGGUAUUUUAAAAAGAAGAUUUCCUGCAUUAGCCUUGGGCAUAAGGACAAAAUUGACAACCACUAUGGCUAUAAUAGUAGCUGCUGCGGUUUUGCAUAAUAUGUUACGAAUGCAUAAUGACCCCAUGCCUCAAGAUGACAAUGAUGAAAUUGAUCCAGAAAUAUUUCAAGAAUUACCUGUUUUACCAGCAAGACAAAUUGGAAAUGUAUAUAGGACACAUUUAAUUAAUACUGUAUUUUCCAGUGAUGACUAA